UGGACUUCGACAGGACAGCACGCUCCUUGCAGACUCUCCUCACCACACGCGGACAAAAACGGGGAGCGAGUGACAGAAAGAAAGAAAGAACGAGAAAGAAAGGAAAUUUAGACAAAAGGAGAGAUAGAGAUAGAUAGAUAGAUAGAUAGAUAGAGAGAGAGAGAGAGAGAGAGAGAGAGAGAGAGAGAGAGAGAGAGAGAGAGAGAGAGAGAGAGAGAGAGAGAGAGAGAGCUUAUCGGCACAACCUCUUUUCUCCAUCUCCACAACCGCCACGACACCCAUCACCACUACCAGCACCACCACCCGCGCCACCGUCAUGUCCCUUCAGAGGCUCCGCGCCGCUGCGCUCUGCUCCCUGUGCUUCCUGAUGCUGGUGGGCACAAGUGUGGGUGUGCCCGAGGAAGGUGCUCACGCUGCCCCCACGCCGCCCAGAGACGCCCUAAACGCUCAUGACGACCAAGGGAGUGAGGAGUCGUGGUUGACUCCUGCUGGGGACGACGACGACGACCACCAUAACCACCACCUGGCUAAGAGGUUCAUCUGGACCCUCACGCAGGAACCUUACUUUUACGGCAAGUACGGCGGCAGUGAAGCGACCGAGGGUGGGGCGUGUCGGGGGUCAGCUUGGCACUGCUAGGGGUGAAGCUGGUGCCCCGAUAAACCCUGAGAUGUUGCCCCAAGCUCUGCCCCUCAGGAAUCCCUCCUCCUCCUCCCUGCACAAGCGCCUCUACCCUCGCUGGUACCAAGCUUACGUCUACAAGCAGAGCCCAAGCUUCAACCGCGUCGCCAGCCCUGUCGGCGAGCACAAAAGGUUCCAGCCGUUCCACCCUCUGGCUCGCUUCCGUGGUCUGGCUCUGGGGGGCGCCUCCUCCUCUGCCUCCACCGGCUACCGCGGCUACGACCUGCCCCUUGCCGAUCACCCCGGCCACCGUCUCCCCACAGCCCCGAACGCCCAGCCCUCUCUCAAAUACGACUCUGCGCUGGAAGAAGAGGAAACCGAGGAGGAGGACGAGAAGCCGAUGAGGGUGGGUGAGCUGCUGCACCUGCUGAAGGAAAUCGCCGGGGACCGUGGCCUCUCCGGACACACCAAGAGCUUCCGCUUUGGCAUCAGCAGGAGGAAGUGAAGGGAAGAUGAGAAGAAGGGCGCUGCAGAGGAGGGAAGGAGGAAUAAGAAGAAAAGAAGGAGGGUCAGGUCUACUAAGGGAAGGAAAGAGCGGAAGAGUGUGGGAGAAAAGAAGAAUCAGUAGUGUGGAAGAGGAAUAAAUAGAAUUGAAAGGAAGAAACUGAAGAAAGAAAGGCAGCUGUGCAAGGCGGGUAGGGAAGAUGUCAAGUAACAUAAUGGAGGAGGAAAAUUAUCAUAGAAUAAUGCAUGUAAAUAACUGUCUAUCCGCAAUACAUAGUGAAUUACAGAGGGAGUCUCUACUUGUAACUGGCCCACGCACACACACACACACACACACGUGGCAGGUAUAUAACCAUAAUGGACCUUCACCCUAAUCCUGUAUACGACACAUGACAACCCAUCCUUCUGCUGCCCUCCUUCCUUGCCUGUCUUCUUCACCUUGCUGGCACUGCUGCCGUUACCCUACUCUCUUACCCUGCGCCUCACACCUCCCUGGCACCCUUAACCUGCACACACACACACACACACACACACACACAUCACUAGGUACUCGCGUGCUGCCUAUCAAGGUGAAUCACGCCGCUUCAGUCGCAGGUAGAGUAGCACACUGGCUGGCAGCAGUGCUCGGCUGGACGCUGCACCUCCUCUUCCCUUCUCGCCUCGUCGCGUCAGUCAGCUAACCAUCACGUCUCCCUCUCACCAACAAUAACAAUUCAAACACUAUAGUACGGUAUAUAUUUUUUUCAGGAGGAUAUAUAAGUAUAUACAUUCAAUAAAUGACAGAGAUUUACCC